AUGGACGUGAUACUGGCGCAGUUGGGGCGCCAGGAGCUCGAGGCGCACUGCAGCGAUGCGAUGAAGACGCAGCUGGCGGCGAUGCAGCGAGCUCUCAGCGACGCGGUGGCCGCUGCCAAGCGCGCGGAGGAGGUGCAGUUGGCGUCUCAGAAGCUGGCCAUCACCUUGUUCGAGGACGGUUCGGAGCUCUCGUCGUCGCUGCUUGCCUCUACGCGGCUGCAGGACGACCUGGGGCAGUCGCUCGAGCGGCUUACGGGUCUGGCCCUCGGAGUCUCAAUUUGCGCCACCCCCACAAAGGGUGCCACGCCCUCCCGCCCGUCGACUUCUAAUACCCCUCAGAAGACCGACUCGACCCCCCAGAAGAAACGCAAGUCUAUUAGCACGGAGGAGACCAGCACCAAGAAGAAGCCAAAGGGUUUGCCUUCUGUAGCCAGCCCGCGCGCUCCAGACACCCCUGCCAAGUCCCCAGAGGUGGUUCAGAAGUCGUCGACUCUGCUCGCCAAGGCGCUGGCAGCCGGCGCCAAUCUAGUGGAGGAGCUAGCCAAGAAAAAGAAAGCCGCUGAUCGCGUCGAGGGGCUCAAGCCGCUAGUAAAUCAUUUCAACACGGCUCACAAGCACCUCGACGUGAACAGCGCUAUCGACCAGGGUGAGGCGUUAAAGACGCUGAGCGCUGUGGCUGCCAUGGCAGUUAGCGUUAUGCAGCAUGGGAAGCCCUCGAUGCAGCGCCACUGGGUCCACAAAUUCCGUGACAAUAUCGCUGACAUUCAAGAAAAGAUUCCCGACUCUGCAUCAGCCUUCAACGGGUGCAUGAAUUCACUGUCGAAGAUUAUCAGUAGCUUUCCUUUGACUGUUAAGGAGGGCCGACGCCUGCGGAUGCGUCUUCGCAAGGCUCUCGAAGAAGUGAAGGGGUGGAAGGAAGGCAGCUUCUCUGUUUCAGACGUCACGCAGAGUAUCUCCCUGAUCGGCGAGGUGCUCGAGAGUACCUGCCCAAACUGGAAUCCGCGUACUGAUAAAACCGUUCGAGAGCUGACAGCUCUUCUCCUGAACAGGGUUGGUCUCUUCAAGGACAACAGAAAGCAGGAGAAACGGAAGCAAAAACUCCAGUCGUGGCUGGAUGAAAUGAACAAGGCGAAGGAAGGAUCUCAGGAUGUUUCGACCGCGCCAAGAAGCUCAACUGACAAGACAGUACCCAGCAAGUCGAAGUCGCAGAAGAAGAAAAAGAAAACGACACAAGCAACGCCUAUGGAAGUGGACGAGGAGGGACCUCUACAUUUGCCCCCAAACGCGACCACGACGGUAGUUUCGCCCCCAUCGUCUAGUACUACAAGUUCGGAUUCCGAGUGCACGGAGUAUGAGAGGCACGCGAAGGACGAGGCAUCCAAAUAG